CUUCUCAUUGUUUGUUGUUUAUUACUUUUACUAAGUCCUCUAAUAACUAUAGUGAAUGGUCGCUCAAAAAUGUCUUCAAGAUUUUAAUUUAUUGCUGGAAAGCUUGGAAGGCGUUAAACGUUGUCUUUGUUUAUUCUUUGUGGCAAUAAAUAUACUUUACAUUAAACUGUCUAAAUCAUAUGAUAUCCCAAUGUCGCUUUCUUGCACAAAACGUUGGACUGGUUUCGCACGGAAGUGAACAUUUAUUGAAUUUCUCUUCUUAGUUUUUAGAAUUUUCAACAUAGAAUAUUUGAUUAUGAUCGAUCAUCCUACGGCUGAAAGUACCUUAGCUUGUCCUCUGAUUGUGGCUCUGAUGUUUGAAAGUGCCUACCUUUCCAUAAGGAUUUUCAUAUUCACCAUAAAUUUCUCUCAUGUGGAGAAUUCCAGUAGUUCCAUGGAUGCUUUGUGGUCUUUAACUUAUUUCAUUUAUGUAAUUUGUUUGCUGUUUAAAAUAUCUGCGCUGACUGACAGCAUCGAUGAGUCUCAAGCCGUGAGAGAUGGCGAAACACUGGUUUCGGAUGGAGGAAUCUUUGAGCUUGGUUUCUUCAGUCCAGGUAUUUCGAAGAAACGAUACUUGGGAAUUUGGUAUAGGAAUAUUCCAAUCCAAACUGUUGUUUGGGUUGCAAAUAGGCGAAGCCCGGUCAAUGAUAGUUCUGGUGUGUUGAAGAUCAACAGCUCAGGCAGCGUAAUUCUAUCAGCAAGAGAUAAUAAUAGUGUGGUGUGGUCGUCAGGUUCAAGCAGGGCGCCUAAAGUUCCGAUCUUACAGCUCUUAGAUUCCGGUAAUCUUGUUCUCAGAGAUGGUAAUGCAAAUGUCUAUCUAUGGCAGAGUUUUGAUUAUCCUUCUGAUACAUUGUUGCCUGAUAUGAAAUUUGGAUGGGACUUAAGAACUUCUCUGAAUAGACGGUUAACCUCAUGGAAGAGUCCUGAUGAUCCGUCCCCGGGGGAACUAAGCACAGGAAUAGAACUUGAUGCGUAUCCCCAAGGGAUUAUGUCGAAGGGCAGCAGAAAGUAUUUCCGAGGGGGUCCGUGGAAUGGCCUGAGAUUUAGCGGUGCUCCUGAAUUGAAAAUUAAUCCGGUGUUCGAAUUUGAGUUUGUGUGGAACGAGGAAGAGGUUUAUUACACGUACCGACUGCUGAAUAAAUCUGUGAUCUCCCGGCUUGUGAUGAAUGAAACCACGUCCACACGACAGCGUUACGUUUGGGUAGAAGCAGACCAGUCGUGGAGGCUUUAUGCAUCAGUUCCUCGUGAUUAUUGUGAUAAUUAUGCUCUAUGCGGUGCUAAUGGUGUUUGCAGAAUCGGCGACUCUCCUGUUUGCCAAUGCUUAGAAGGUUUCGAGCCGAAAUCCGCGUUGAGCUGGAAUGCUAUGGACUGGACUGACGGAUGCGUGCGUAAGGAGCCUUUGAAUUGUAAUAAGGAUGAUUUCAUCAAGUUUUCGGGAUUAAAAUUGCCGGAUACCACAAAUUCUUGGGUGAACAGAACUAUGAAUCUUCGGGAGUGCAGGGAGGCAUGCUCGAAGAACUGUUCUUGCAUGGCUUUCACGAACUCGAAUAUUAGCAAACCAGGCAGCGGAUGUGUCCUGUGGUUUGGAGGUCUGAUUGAUGUUCGACAAUUUUCUGAUGGCGGGCAGGAUCUGUAUAUACGAAUGCGAGCUUCAAGUCGAGGAAACAGAUCUCUCGUAAUAGUAGCUGCAGUUGUAGUUUCCAUUGCUGCAAUCUGUGGAUUGCUUCUUGCCAUCUUCUAUCUUUUCUGGCGAAAGAAGGCGGCAAAAGGUGGAAAUGAAGAAGAAGAAGCUCUUGAUGUUGUUUCCCAUGAAGAGGAUCUUGACCUGCCGCUAUUUAGCUUGAGUACAGUUGUUCGCGCCACUGAUAAAUUUUCACUGAACAAAAAGCUCGGCGAAGGUGGCUUUGGACCUGUCUACAAGGGUUUAUUGAUGGAUGGACAAAGCAUUGCUGUGAAGAGAUUAUCGGAGAAUUCAGGCCAAGGAUUAAAUGAGUUCAUAAAUGAAGUUAAACUUAUAGCCAAACUUCAGCACAGAAAUCUGGUGAAGCUUCUUGGUUGUUGUAUUGAUGGUGCUGAGAAGAUAUUGAUUUAUGAAUACAUGCCUAAUGGAAGCUUGGAUUCGAUUAUUUUUGAUAAAACACGAGGGUCGCAAUUAGAUUGGUCAAAACGUUUAGACAUCAUCAGUGGAGUCGCUCGAGGGCUUCUCUACCUUCACCAGGAUUCGAGACUGAGAAUUAUCCACAGAGAUCUGAAAGCAAGUAAUAUCUUACUUGAUAAUGAGCUGAAUCCAAAAAUUUCCGACUUUGGCAUGGCAAGAACUUUCGGAGGGGACCCAAGGGAAGAAAAUACCCGAAGAAUUGUAGGCACAUACGGUUAUAUGGCGCCUGAAUACGCCAUCCAUGGAUUGUUUUCGGUGAAAUCUGAUGUCUUUAGCUUCGGCAUUCUUGUGUUGGAGAUUGUGAGCGGGAAGAAGAACCGAGGGUUUGAUCCUGAACAGGGCCAUAACAAUCUCAUUGGAUACGCAUGGAAAUUGUGGACGGAAGAGAGGCCAUUAGAUUUGAUCGAUCCCUUGCUGGAUGUGCAAAAUGUCGAGCACGAAAUGAUUAGGUGCAUCCACAUUACUCUGUUAUGCAUCCAGCAGAGUCCGGAGGACCGGCCUAGCAUGGCGACUGUAGUUGUGAUGCUGAAUGGAGAUAGUCUGCUGCCACAGCCGAAGCAGCCUGGUUUUUUGAUAGAUCUGUUACCUAGCGAGACAUGUUCUUCGUCAAGCAAGAAUGAACCGUGCUCGGUAAAUGAUUUUUCUAUAACGGCGCUGCAGGGGCGAUAACAGAUCGCUCGAAAGUUUGGAAAUUAUUACACAAUCUACAGCCAUACUUGAGGUAUGAACUGGUGUGUUUCUUUGAAUUGAUUCAGCAGUUUUCAUUACAUGUGUGCAAGAAGAUUUCCUGGAAGAAAAGAUCAUUCUGCUUUAACAAGUAGCCUUUCUUGGGUACAAAGUGAAGCAAAG